AUGAAUUAACAAUUAGAUGACUCAAAAGAAAGUGUUUAAUCAUAAUCAAUGGAGAGAUAUCUACAAGCAGAAUCUGUAGGUAAUUCUCUCUCACCUUAGAGAUUGGUAUAAACAUCAAGGAAUCCUCAAGUUGGAGCAUCUAUAUUAAAAUUAUAGAAUGGAAAAUAUAGCAACUAAUCAAAUGUAUUCAAAGAUGCACUCAAUAAAAAAAAGACUGAAUUGCAUAAGAAAUCAUAAAAACCAAUUGUUGAAGCUCCUAAAUAUGAAAUUACAAUUAAGUAAAAAUAACCUAAAUGUAUUUAUAAUUAUUAUUUUUAGAAAUGGAUAAAGUACAUUAAAAUAUUAAAAAUGUUUAAAUAAAAGCAGAAGAAGUUAAAAAAAAGAGAGAAGAAGAAAAACAAAAAGAAGAAAAAAUGAAAUAGAGUAAAAUUGAACAUUCAUAAGAGGAUCUUAAUGAAGGUAAUUAUAACACUUAUAAUUUUUAGUAUUUUAAGAAACAGUAAACAGAUUAUAUAAUUAUGAAAAAUAAAGAUUAAAAUAAUUGAAUAAAAUGGUUGAAGAAGAGAAAAAUAAAGAUAAAUUAAUUAUGAGUGCAAGACCUAUGAUAAAUGAAAAAAGUUGUAAAUUAUUAGAAAGAAAACUAAAAUAACUUGUAAAUGAAGAAGAAGAUUAUAAAAUGAUAUAUUAGUUUAAAGAUGUAGAUGUAUAAGUUGAUUUAUUACCUAAUUUACCAAAACUUAAAGAUUAUUUAUCUAUUAAGUAUAAUCAAAUAUUUAUUAAUAGUGCUAAGAAGACAUAAAAUAUUGAAUAGGAAAUACAAAUCAUUAAAGAAGAGAAUAUUAUGGAACCAGUAGAUCCUGCAGAGGAUGUUUAAUAUCAAUAAGGUUAAUGUCAUGCAAUUGUACAAACUAAUGAAAUUAAAUUUAAAAUUGGUGAUACUAUUAAAAAAUAACAAUAAUAAUAAUAACAAUAAUAAUAAUAAUAAUAAACAACAUAAUUUAUAACUCAGGAUACUCCUAAUAAAAAAGUAUAAAAUUAAAGACAAAAACGUUUGGAUUUUAUGGAAACUUAAGGACAAAGAGUUAAAACUGAAUGUUAAUAUUAUGUACCAUUACAUAUUCGUUAAUAAAACGUCAUUAAAAAAAAAGAAGAUUGGGUGAAAUCUUAGAAUGAAUUAAAAAAAUAACAGGAAGAGGAAUCCAUUAGAAUAGAAUAAGAAUAAUGGGAAAAGGAGAAAUAGAAGUGGUCUAAAAAGAAGGAUCACAAUAAAUCUAUGUAAUAGGAAAUUAAUGUUGAAGAAUUUGCUAAUUCUUAAAUUCAUUGGUUAGAAAAAAGAAAUGAACACAUUUUAACUGAAUAAAUGAAAAAGGAUAAGGAUAUGCAAUCUUCAUUAACAUUUAGACCAUAAAUCUAAAAAAGAAAUAUAGAAAAUUAUAAUUCUAUCAAAGUAGAAGAUAGAUUACUUGAGUAUCAAUAAAAAAAAUAAGAAAAUCUACAUAAAUUAGAGAAUAAAUAUUUACCUACUUUUUAACCAAAUCUAAAAUAAAAAACUGUAUCUAUAUUAUUUAAUUAUUUUAUAGAUGUUUACUAUGGAUUGGGCAUCAAAAAGCUUCAAUAAUACUUCUAUGAAUAAAUUAUGGUAAUGA